AUUAAAAUAUAUACUUAACAGCCAUUUAUUAUUUCAUCACACAUAUAAACCAAUUCUCUAAAUGGAAAGAUUUAAUUUCAUUCUGAGAGUUGAUUCACAGAAUUUGUUUGGUGUUUGUGUCUCUGCCUUGCGCUCUGCUCUCUCCAUCAAUUCAUUCUUUCAUUAUUUAUAUACGUUUGUAUGAUUUUAAAAAAACCCUAGCUAGAACCAUACCUUUUGAUCCCUAACCAUGGAGGACGCGGAAGGAGUUCUGAGUUUUGACUUCGAGGGCGGCCUCGACGCUGCUCCCGGCACAGCGGCCACGGUCGCGCCUUUGAUACAAUCGGACGCGACCGCCGCGGCGGCGGCUCCAUCUUCCGUCGUCUCCGCGGAGCCCACUCCUGGCGGCGCCCCCGGCAGGCGCAGCUUUCGGCAGACGGUGUGCCGGCACUGGCUGCGCAGCCUCUGUAUGAAAGGCGACGCCUGCGGCUUCCUCCACCAGUACGACAAGUCGCGCAUGCCUGUUUGCCGAUUCUUUAGAUUGUACGGAGAGUGUCGUGAGCAGGACUGCGUGUACAAGCAUACCAAUGAAGAUAUCAAGGAGUGUAACAUGUACAAGUUGGGUUUUUGUCCAAAUGGUUCUGACUGCCGGUAUAGGCAUGCAAAGCUGCCUGGACCUCCACCUACCAUGGAAGAAGUCUUUCAGAAGAUUCAGCAGUUGAGUUCUUUCAACUAUGGCUCCUCAAACAGGUUUUAUCAAAACCGCAACCCAUACAACCAACAAACAGAAAAAUCUCAGAUUCUGCAAGGUUCCAAUGCUGUCAAUCUAGGUACAGUUGCAAAAUCAUCAACCACAGAGGCUAUUAAUGUGCAGCAACAACAAGUUCAACCACCCCAACAACAGGUCAGCCAGACCCCGAUGCAAAAUCUUCCCAAUGGCCUGCCUAAUCAGGCGAACAAAACUGCUUCACCACUUCCUCAAGGAAUAUCUAGGUAUUUUAUUGUUAAAAGCUGCAACCGUGAAAAUUUGGAAUUAUCUGUACAACAAGGGGUAUGGGCAACCCAAAGGAGCAAUGAGGCUAAACUAAAUGAAGCUUUUGACAGUGUUGAGAAUGUGAUUUUGAUCUUUUCAGUGAACCGGACUCGCCAUUUCCAGGGUUGUGCAAAGAUGACAUCUAAAAUUGGUGGAUUUGUUGGUGGAGGGAAUUGGAAAUAUGCGCAUGGAACUGCACACUAUGGACGGAAUUUCUCUGUCAAAUGGUUAAAGCUAUGUGAACUGUCAUUCCACAAAACUCGCCAUUUGAGGAAUCCAUACAAUGAAAACCUACCAGUGAAGAUAAGCAGAGACUGCCAGGAGUUAGAGCCGUCAAUUGGUGAACAGUUGGCUUCCUUACUAUAUCUUGAGCCAGACAGUGAACUUAUGGCAAUCUCACUUGCAGCAGAAUCAAAACGUGAGGAGGAAAAAGCAAAGGGAGUCAAUCCAGACAAUGGAGGUGAGAAUCCAGAUAUUGUUCCAUUUGAGGACAAUGAAGAGGAGGAGGAGGAAGAAAGUGAAGAAGAGGAGGAGAGCUUUGGCCAGGCUCUUGGGCCAGCAGCUCAAGGCAGAGGAAGGGGCAGAGGAAUCAUGUGGCCUCCUCACAUGCCACUAGCACGAGGAGCCAGACCUAUUCCUAGCAUGCGGGGCUUCCCCCCUGUCAUGAUGGGUGCUGAUGGGUUUUCUUAUAGUGCUGUUCCACCAGAUGGUUUUGCAAUGCCAGAUAUUUUUGGUGUGGGUCCCCGUGCUUUCCCUCCAUAUGGUCCCAGGUUUUCUGGGGAUUUCACAGGUCCUGCAUCUGGCAUGAUGUUUCCUGGCCGCGGUCAACCGGGAGCUGUCUUUCCAGCAAGUGGGUAUGGGAUGAUGAUGGGUCCAGGACGUGCACCAUUCAUGGGAGGGAUGGGAGUUCCUGCAGCAGCCCCAACUCGAGCUGGUCGGCCAGUUGGUAUGCCUCCAAUGUUCCCACCGCCUCCACCCCCAAACUCGCAGAACAAUCGAACUAAAAGGGAUCAGAGGACACCAGUUAAUGACCGAAAUGACAGAUACAGUGGGGGCUCAGACCAGGGCAGGGGCCAAGAUAUGGCAGGUCCAGAUGAUGAGACACAAUAUCUGCAAGGAUUGAAGUCUCAACAGGAUGAUCAAUUUGGAGGUGGAAAUAGCUUUAGAAAUGAUGAAAGCGAAAGCGAGGACGAGGCUCCAAGGCGGUCAAGGCAUGGAGAGGGAAAGAAGAAGCGGUGAGGCUUAGAAGAUGGUGCUAUCACUGAUUCUGAUCACUGGCAAAUGCCACUGCCUGAGCAGCAUAGCUAGAUAUGCUGCUAACUGGGGAAGCCAUCCAUCACCUGCAUUUUGUUCCCUGGUUUUUAUAAGAACGUCAUUGAGCCUUUUUGCUCUCCAUAUCAAAUUCUUAUUGUUUUUGCAUUGAGAUUUUAUAGAGCUGCAUAAAAUCAGGGGUGGGAACAAAUUUCUAUUUCGUUUUUAGUCAGAAUUGAGAUAUUUGGUACGUGUAAAUAUAAUAACUAACCAAAUCAGGGAAAGGGCACCAGUUAGAUGGGAGUUGGGACAUGAUUUUUCUUUAGUUACUUUGCUUUGUAUUGUAAUAGUAUGUUGAACUUGUUGAUAACUGGCGUCCAUGGGAAACAUAUGUGAUGAGGCAUGUGCCUACCCAUGGACCUGAUUUGUUUUGUUUAGUUGUGGCCACCCAAUUCAUGAGCCUCCUUCAGGUGUUGGACUACAGGAUGCUGUUCACCAUUUGAUCUAUAGAUGCAUACAACUUCCAUUCUC